UCGAGAAACAAAUGAGAAAUGGGUACCUCGACGCAUCAAGAAGAGAAGAAGCAAAAUGGGCUCUCAAGCGCUAUCAUCCUCAUGUUUCUUUCGCUCAAACUGGGUGGCUUUAAAUUCUUCUCAACCAUCAUCUUCGUCAUCAAGCCUCAAGCCUUCUAUACUUCUUCCUCUCAAAGCCAAAAAUCCUCCAUACCCUCUUCAUGCCAAUGCCAUUACUGUUACCUUCUCUUUCCCCAGAUUCCACAGGUUGAAAACCAGAGCUGCCCUUGAUGAAAAAGACCAAAGCCCUCCUACCCCACUUCUUGUUCAACAGCAAGAAGAAAAAGAGGAGGAAGAAGUGCGGACUCAAAGCAACCCAGAGGUAGAGGAGAGUGUGAAAGUGCUCAAGAAUGCUGCAAAGACAAGAAAGGUUGCGGCAAAGGAGGUUUUAUCAGCUCUAGCUGUGAUUGAGAAGGCUAAAAUGGAUCCCUCAGGGUUUCUUGAAACACUUGGUGGGUCAAAAUCCCCAGGCAGAACUUGGAUGCUUAUUUUCACUGCUGAGCAAUUGAAGGGUGGAAGAUACUUCCCUCUUACUGCUGUUCAGAGGUUUGAUGCUGCUGAAAAGAGGAUUGAAAAUGGAGUAUAUCUUGGGCCAAUUGGAUGCUUAACAUUUGAAGGCAGAUUUACAUGGAAAAACAGGAUAUUGGCCUUCAUUUUUGAGCUUGUUCGUGUGAAAAUUGGACCUCUAAAUCCUUUGGAGAUCAGUCUUGGCCAAAUCGACGAUAGAGAACCAAGCACCAAAGAUCCAUUCUUUAUAUGGUUUUACAUUGACGAAGAAAUAGCAGUUGCUCGAGGCAGGAGCGGGGGAACUGCAUUUUGGUGUCGAUGUCGUCGUGUUACUACCUGAUUCAUUUUAAACUACUGUUGAGUUAAGCACUCAUUAUUCAUACAACUCGUAAGGAUGGUAAUCUUUUCCAAUAUAUGGAUACAGCUAAGUAUGCUUGUAAAAUGUCAGCUAGGUAUUACUACAAACUUUAAACUAGUGCUUGUUUUAUUAGAAACUUUAUACUGCAAAAGAACAUUGGUGGUGUUGUGUAUAUAAAUCCUAUAAGCUCAUGAUUGUGAGGUAGUUACAUCA